GUGAAACUCGUCAAUCUAAAGCUGAUUUUAACAGACCUGAAGAACAAUUCAACAAGUACUCUGAGGAUACAUUUAAACUAGACUAGUCAUUUCCAAAAUAUCAACAGCUUGACCUGGAUUUAUUUUUUAUUUUUUUUUUAUAUUUUAACUGCUAAGAGUAAAUAGUUUAUUAUUUAUUACUUUUUUUAAGUUUAGUACUUUAUUUUCCAGCCAUGUCUUCAAGCAGUGAGCCUUUGGAAAUCACUGGCAAUGAGCUGGUUCACAUACUCAGGACCCCCCGGGACCAGUACACCUCUGCUGGGUGUGUGGUGCUCGACUGCAGACCUUUCCUCGAUUUUUCUUUUGCGCACAUAUGCGAGUCCCGAAACGUGAACUGGAACUCAAUGCUGCGCCGCAGAUCCAAGAGCUCGGUGGUGGCUCUGGAGUGGCUCAUCCCGGACAAGACGCUGCUGGGCCGGCUGCGGCGCGGGGAGUUCUCCGCGGCGGUGGUGGUGGAUGAGAGCAGCCGCUCCGUGGCCGGGCUGAAAGCAGAGAGUGUGGCCCAAAUGCUGCUCACCGCCCUGCAGAACGAAGUCCAGACGCAAAUCUGCUUUCUGCAAGGUGGAUUUGAGGGAUUUUCAGAGGCCUAUCCAGGGCUUUGUUCCAGCUCAGUCAGCAAUCACGGCCCUGCAGUGGAACCAGAGCCAGCAAUGACAGGUCGGAGAACACCAGCAUAUGAUCAGGAUGGUCCAGUGGAGCUGCUGCCCUUCCUGUUUUUGGGCAGUGCCAUCCACUCCUCCCGCAGAGACACCCUCACAGCAGCAGGCAUCACAGCUGUGCUCAACGUUUCCUCCACAUGCCCUAACUUCUAUGAGGGGGAGUUUCAGUACCUGCGGCUCACUGUGGAGGACAGCCUCGCUGCUGACAUCAGAGCCUGCUUUUCCACAGCCAUCGCCUUCAUCGACUCAGUGAAGCAGAGUGGUGGUCGGGUGCUUGUGCAUUGUCAGGCAGGUAUCUCCCGCUCUGCCACCAUCUGUCUGGCCUACCUCAUGCACACGCAGCGCGUCAGGCUGGAUGAGGCCUUUGACUUUGUGAAGCAGCGGCGUCAUGUAAUCUCCCCCAACCUGGCCUUCAUGGGACAGCUGCUGCAGUUUGAGACAGACGUGCUCUGCCAGGGAUGAAGACACAUUCAGAGACAGGACAUUUACAUGACUGUAAUUCUCCCGCCUCUUGUAGGUGUUUGACUCAGAGCAUUAUCAGGACCUAUGUACAAAUGUACCGUUUGUACUAUUGACACUAGUACAUUUCAUGUAUAUACUUUGUACAUUCAGAGAAAAGCUACUUGUGCUGCUGGCAUCACAUGGCUGGUGGAUCUGGUCUCUCACUCUCAGGAGAAACUGACAAACCACAGUUGGCAAUAUAAACUCGUAAUGAACAAUUAUGAUUCUGAGCCAGCAAGUUGUAGCAACUAUGAGGUAAUUUCCCUGUCAUUUUAUCCUUGAGGGAAUGGUGCCUGCAUGUCUGGUUCUGUGUAAGUUUGUUUGACUUAUGUGCCUGAUCUUUUGCAAGGGCUGUCUUAUUUUCAUACUGGAAGUCAGUCCUUCACAUUUACAACUACUGUGACAUGACAUGUCUUUUUAUGAGACAACACUGUGUUAACUGUUUAUGGCAAUACUGGAUGAAUCUCCUUAAGUUUUAUUGUUUAAUUUAUAAAAAAAAUGCACCAACUGCUGUUGGUGUUUAACAUUCUGUAUCCUGAGAUAGACUAUAUUUGGUACACUCAAGCUGGAAGAAGUUUUUAUUGUGUAAAUAGAUUUUUUAUUUUUAUUAUUUAUUAUCUUAACAUUUGUUAUGACAGUGUUGGUGUUAUUACUGUCUGUUUCUGCACUUUAAGGUUUGGCUGAUUCCUGCUGUUUUUUUUCCACUACAAUGAAAACAUGCUGGAAAACACACUGAGUCUGUUUACUCUGUAUAAUAUCCUCAUUCAUGCAUGCUGUGACACACAUUUCACUUUUAUACCCUGAAGGAUGCAGGCAAUGUAUAGUCUACAUUACAAAUGCAUAAGACCUGUCUGCACUCUUGCUAAACCAAAGUAUUAAAACUGCAUUGCUAAGUGUUCUGGAGGAUUAUCCACAGAGAAUGAGU